AUGUUCGCCCGGAGCGUGCGACAACUGAGCCAACGUCAUCCGCGUACGUUGUUCGUCGCCGGGAGACGACAUGCUUCAACGAAGCAUCCCAAAGGCUUCGUGCCACCUACACAGGCAGAUUUGGAAGAGCUAAGGGCGAGCGUACAGGAAUUUGCGAGACGAGAAAUCCCCGAAGAGCUCGCGCAGAAGACCGACCAAAUAAAUGAGUUCCCGAACGAGAUGUGGCGAAAGUUCGGGGAAGCAGGUUUCUUAGGUCCUACAGCCGAUGAAGAGUACGGCGGAUUGGCCAUGGGAUACCAGGCACACUGCGUGAUCUUGGAGGAGUUGAGUCGCGCGAGCGGAAGCAUCGGGCUCUCAUACGCGGCACACUCCCAGCUUUGCGUGAAUCAGCUUUCUCUCAACGGCUCCGCAGAACAGAAGGCGAAGUACCUCCCCGGCCUGAUCUCUGGCGAACACGUUGGCGCGCUGGCAAUGAGCGAGCACUCGGCAGGUUCCGACGUCGUGAGCAUGAAGACCACAGCCAAAGAGGUGGACGGCGGCUACAUUCUCAAUGGGACAAAGAUGUGGAUCACCAACGGCCCGGACGCACACACAAUCGUCGUCUACGCCAAGACCCAACCCGACGCUGCCUCCAAAGGCAUCACUGCCUUCAUAGUCGAGACCAGCGCAAAGGGCUUCUCGGUCGCGAAGAAGCUCGACAAGUUUGGCAUGCGCGGCUCCAACACAGGCGAGAUCGUCUUCGAGGACGUUUUCGUACCCAAAGAAAAUGUUCUGGGCGAAGUGAACAAAGGCGUGCGGGUGCUUAUGGAAGGUCUCGAUCUCGAGCGGUUGGUACUGUCUGCCGGGCCCCUCGGUCUCAUGCAGGCCUCGCUCGACAACGCAUUGCCCUACACACAUCAGCGCAAGCAAUUCGGUCAGCCUAUCGCGCAUAACCAGCUUAUCCAGGGCAAGCUCGCAGACAUGUACACGAAGUACCGCGCGUCGUCAGCCUUCACGUAUUCUGUGGCUAGACACAUCGACGAAUCGCAUGAGAACCCAGACAUUAAGACGCAGGAUUGCGCGGGCGCGAUCCUGUAUGCGGGUGAGAGGGCGAGUGAAGUUGCCGCCGAUGCGGUGCAGUUAAUGGGUGGCAUGGGAUACAUGAACGAGGUUCCGGUGGGGAGGAUACUAAGGGACGCAAAGCUGUAUGAAAUCGGGGCGGGGACAAGCGAGGUAAGGAGGAUGGUUAUUGGGAGGGCGUUUAACAAGGAGUACAAGGACGCGUAA